CUGACCCCCGUCUACAUCAAAGUUUAUGGAUACCUGUACUUCUCUAUCCUUCUCUUCUCAACGGCAUUCUCGCACAGUCUCAUCUGAGAUAGCAAGGAUGAAGUGUUUGUACGUCGGAAUUGUAUUUCUUAUGUACACGUACAUGAUACGGGGCCAGGAUUUUAUAUUCCCGACUGACGAAGAGACGUCCCACGUCAGCGGUGGUAACUCUACGAUGAUAACGGAUCGUAUACCCGUGUCAAUACCAGACAGUUGCCCGAAAAACAUGCUCCUUUACCCAGGCAGUGGUGCAAGGAAUUCCUGGGUGUGCGACUGCAGGCCACGAUUCCUGUACUUUCCGUUAAACGACGCCUGCUACGAAGCCUACAGGCAGGGUCCAUGUUUAUCCAGGACGUACGUCGUACUUCCCAAGAACGAGGUGCUCCCACGUUGUGUGGAGAACCCUUGCUCGGAGGACGGCGUGGUGCCCUACAACGGUACGUGUUAUCCUCUCAGAACUGUAGGCGGUCCAUGUGCGCCCAAAGGGGUAUUAGGUGUAAACGAGAUCACUUUUCAACUGGAAUGUGUACCUGUGGACACUGCGCCCUUCGUGAUAAUAACAACCAUUUCCCAAACGACGUGUCCGCCAGGCGGUCGCAGAAGCAUGCUUGGAACAUGCAGAAAAGUAUGAAUAUACAAAAGUCCUAAUCCCCAU